AUGGAGAGAACAGAGGGUGAGCCAGAAGCUGAAGAAAGCACCAAACAACACGACGGUGCAGAAGCUCCCGAUGGAGGCUGGGGGUGGAUGAUUAUGCUUAACUUUUUUCUGGUAAGUAAGAAUUGUAACAAAGUCUGUGGAGGUUUGGUUAUGGAACACUGGAAGCUCCCUUAUACCGGGCCAGUUCAGUAUUCUCUACACUGACUGGCAGAGGCUCUCCAGGGUUUCAGGCAGGAGAAACAAAGGAUUGAAACUGAGAUCUUCUGCAUGGGAGACUAAUGCUCUGCCACUGAGCUACAGUCCUUCACCUUUAUGUAUAUUGCAUUUUACGUAAAAAAAAAUGGGGGUAUUUGCACAGGGAAUGAGGUCCACACAUGAAAUAAGAUCUUACUGUCGACUUUUCUGGGGUUUCUUAACCCUCCCCACAAAUUUAAGGGGGUGCAGGGAGUACAUAGGGGCAGUGUUCCAUUGCACAGGUGAACUUUGUUCCAUGCAUGCAACCACUUAGUUGAAUGCCACUCUGUAAAUUUUCAGAAGCCACAGAAUAAAACUGGGGGCAGCCGGGGGGGGACAGAAUUUGAAUGCUCAACCCCCAAAAACAUAUUAAUAGCCAAGAAGAGAAACAUUAAGGGGAGGGGUGCACGCCAUGAGAUUAAAUCUCCCACCUAACAUUUUACAACCACAGAGUGGUGGGGGAGACCUCGGACCCAGCAGGGGUCCCAAUAUUGCCUGUGAGACAUUUCCCCAGACCAGACCCAUCUACCCAACACUGGGCAACCUAUGUAGGCAGGUAAAGACAUGGCUGAAAAGGAGCAACCUUGAGCUUAAAAGUCUGCUCCCAAUUGCUCCUUGGCAAGUAGGGCUCCCUUUCAGUGCUGGUCUGCACUGACAGGGCUCUCUUACUAAAGCCAUUCCCAGUAAGAACUCUCCCCCUUGGGAACUUCCUUGGCAGCCCAAGGGACACUUUCAAUACUCAUGCAUGACAAAAUUUCCCUUUCAAUUUGCCAGGAUGGAACUAGACCACCAGCUGCAAAUCUGUGUCUUUCAAUGCUUGCUUAAAAGCCAUAAAUUGAGCACAGUGGAUGGGUCAGGGAAUGAGAAGUGGAGAGUUGGGAGGGAUGUUGCACCAUCCAUCCCUCUCUUCCCAUUCCUCUCCUCCCAGGCUACCUUUUCUCCUAGGUCAGCUAAUUUCUGGACUUGGGAAAUCUCAAUGGAGUUCAGCACCAUUUCAUUUAGUUUCAUAUCAACUGUGAUUGAUCCAAAGUUAAAAGCCAUCACAAAUUUGCCCAGGGAAUAAGAGGUGUUAUUCUAAAAAUGGAAAAUGCUACAUUCUGUAGGGCAGGGACAAGUGGCAGCAGGCAAUACAUGUGCUUCAAUUUUACUGGAUGUUUUGUUUCUUUUAAGGUAAAUGUAUCUACAAUGGGAACAGCGAAAAACUUUGCCAUUUUCUUUGUGGCCUUUCAAGAGCAUGUUGGCGGUUCUUCUGAACAAAUCAGCUGGAUUGGCUCUAUCAUGUCCUCACUUCGAUUCCUAGCAGGUUAGCACAAAUACGGUUGAAUAUGACUUGGUGAAGAAAUACUUUAUUUGAAGAAAUAGUCCUGAAACACUUUUAGUGGAACUUUUUACACAUGUACGGCAUUUGUUUGCUGCCCCAUGGGCUGCUUACAAUAAGAAAGCAAAGCCUAAGUAACUACUGUCAUUAACCUAUGUAUACAGCCGUCUUGAAAACACUUGAAAGCUUAUAAGCAUCUAAGACCAGGAUGUAAGAACAGACAAUGUGUAAAUUACUGUUUAGUAUAGAUGCACAUCAAUGGCAUCCACACUGUCAAUAUGGUGGCAAAAUUCAGGUUUAGGGGAUCUACUUCAUUUUUUCCUUGAACCCUAAGGUCUCCCCAGUGGAGCAAGGAAGGACAUAAACUGCUGCUGGUCUCCCACAAAUUGCCCAGAGAUAAACCAGUAGAUCCCAGACCACCUUUGGGCCACCCCUGAUGUAGUGGAUAGUGCCGGACUUAAAUUGGAGACACCUGCACUGAAAUCUUCACACUGGCCACAGAACUUACUGGGUGUCUGUCAGCCUCAUCUAUCUCACAUAGGAUAGAAAGGGAAAAUGCCAUGCAUACGACUCUGAACUCCCUGGAGAAAAGAGGAUACACAUGUGAUAAGUCCACUAAUAUUAAGGACUAUUCUCAUCAGCCAUGCUGAAGCAAGUUUUUUCUCUCAGCUCUGUUUAGGCAGCAGAAAACAUUCUCCUGACAGCUCUAUUAUAUAGUUUCCAAAAGUUAAGCAUAUGCCAGGUUCAAUAUUCCCUAAAACUGGCAAAAAUGCCUACCUCCAAGUCUCUCCUUCUGCCAGUUGUACCCCUUUCCCCAAGCCACCAUGAAGCUGUUUUUCUUCUCUGUUGCAGCACCACUGGUAACCGUAGUAUGUGAAAUUAUAGGAGAACGACCAGCAUCAGUGAUUGGGGCUUGCCUGGUUGGCAUUGGUUGUCUUAUCAGCAUAUUGGCCACAAACGUCCCCUUUCUUUGUGUGUCUAUGGGAUUCCUGACAGGUAAGCGUACCUUAAAAAUCAGCCACAGUAACAGAAAAGUCUAACUGGAAAUAGAAAAACUGAGUAACAGUCAGGCUAAUGUUGGUUUGGGGGGGGGGUUAUUUUUUGCAAAGGCCUUCCCCACCAGAAUGAAUAAUGGUCUCCCUGCACUGCUGAGACACAGGGCCCAAUUUAGAAAAAGUUUAGGGAGGUACUCUACCUGUUGGGCUACUGGAGGCACCUACAGGCAAGUGCCCCCUUUCAUUCAUAUGUGCCCCAGUAGGUAGACAAAAAUGUUUUGUUGCACAUGCCCUCCCCUAAAAAAAAAAAAAUUCAUUGAAGAAGGUGAGAAAGACAUCAUCUGGAGUUCUUUUUGUCAGCUCUUAAGAUUACUUUUGAAAUUGAAUACAGUGGUGCCCCGCAAGACGAAUGCCUCGCAAGACGAAAAACUCGCUAGACGAAAGGGUUUUGCGUUUUUUGAGCUGCUUCGCAAGCCGAAUUUACCUAUGGGCUUGCUUCGCAAGACGAAAACGUCUUGCAAGUUUGUUUCCUUUUUCUUAAAACCGUUAAUACUCAGGGUGCAUUGCUUGAAGAGGUACAGUUGCGACUUGACUACGAGGAGCAACUCAUAGCACGCGGUAUGGUAGCCUUUUUUGAGGUUUUUGAAGACUUUGGUGAUUUUUGAAGCUUUUCCAAAACUUCUUUUGCAGCCAUUUGGAAAGUUAAACUUUUAAAACUUUUUUGGGGGGUUUUGGAUUUUGGGUUGGGGUGUUUGGAAUUCAAGGACUUGGUGUUGGGGAGGGGCUUGUAAGAAUCUGGAAGCUUGUGUGGUUUUUUUCCUGAAUUUUUAUGAUUUUCUGUGACCAUUGGGCCACUCUGCUGUUUUUUUUUUAAAAAAAUCUGGAUUUGAAUUUCUGUGUGGUGGGUGGCUGGGGGAACAGUUGGGGAGGGGUUUGCAACAGUUGGGGAGGGGCUGGGGGAACAGUUGGGGAGGGGUUUGCAAUUUCUGUGUGGUGGGUGGCUGGGGGAAUAGUUGAGGUUUUUGAAGACUUUGGUGAUUUUUGAAGCUUUUCCAAAACUUCUUUUGCAGCCAUUCGGUAAGUUAAACUUUUAAAACUUUUUGGGGGGUUUUUGGAUUUUGGGUUGGGGUGUUUGGAAUUCAAGGACUUGGUUCUGGGUUUGAAUUUCUGUGUGGUGGGUGGCUGGGUGCUUUUGAAUUUUUUGGAUGUGAAGCACUGAUUUUUUGGGGGGGGUUGCGAAGGUAGGAGCUGUGCUGCCAUGGGACCCAAGAAGACUGCUGCUGCAGAGGCCGGCGAGGGGAAGAAGGCGAAGGUUAUGCUGGAAAUGAAGAAGGAGAUCAUCCGGAAGCACGACGGUGGAAUGCGUGUGACAGACCUCGCCAGGGAGUACGGGAGGAAUCCAUCGACCAUCGGGACCAGCCUGAAGAUGAGGGAGAAGAUCCUUGCGACUGAUGCAGCCAAGGGAGUCACCAGGAUCAUGAAGAACCGCCCAGCUGUUCUGGAGGAGGUGGAGAAGUUGCUGCUCAUCUGGUUAGAAGAGAAGCAGCGUGCAGGGGACACAGUGACUGAGGCCGUCAUUUGUGAGAAGGCCAAGGCCUUGCACGCAGACCUCGUCCGGGAACAGCCAGGAACCUCAGGCGAGCCAGAAGUCUUCAAGGCAAGCAGAGGCUGGUUUGACCGGUUCAAGACAAGAUCUGGAAUCCACAGCGUGGUCAGGCAUGGAGAGGCUGCCAGUUCUGAUGUUUCUGCGGCUGAAGACUUUGCAGCGGAGUUCCUGGAGGUUGUGAAGACGGAGGGCUACGUUCCACAGCAGGUCUUCAACUGCGACGAGACCGAGCUGUUUUGGAAGAGGAUGCCCAAAAGGACUUUCAUCACACAGGAGGAGGCCAAGUUGCCUGGCCACAAGCCCAUGAAGGACCGUCUGACCCUGCUCUUCUGUGCCAACGCAAGCGGCGACCUGAAGAUCAAGCCCCUGCUGGUGUACCACUCAGAGAACCCACGGGCCUUCAAGAAACACAAGGUCGACAAGGAGCAGCUGAGUGUCAUGUGGCGAUCCAACAGUAAGGCUUGGGUCACACGUGUGCUGUUUGUGGACUGGGUCAAUCUUGCUUUUGGCCCUGCUGUCAAACAGUACCUGCUGGACAACGACCUGCCGCUGAAGGCUUUGCUUCUGAUGGACAAUGCUCCUGCUCAUCCUAAAGGCCUUGAGGAGGACUUGUUGGAGGAGCUGAAUCAGCAUCAUGUUCCUGCCGACUAACACCACGCCACUGCUCCAGCCGAUGGAUCAGCAGGUCAUCGCCAAUUUCAAAAAACUCUACACCAAGGAGCUUUUCAGGCGAUGCUUCGAGGUGACUGAUUGCACCACCAUCACCCUGCGGGAAUUCUGGAAGGACCACUUCGACAUCGUCACCUGCUUGAAGAUGAUCACCACGGCCUGGAACGGGAUCAGCCAGAGAAAUUUGAAUUGCGCUUGGCGCAGCCUGUGGCCGGACUGUGUGGCACCAAGUGACUCUGAUGCACCAGAGUCAACAGUGGUGCAGGACAUUGUUGCCUUGGGGAGGACCAUGGGCCUGGAGGUCACAGAGGAGGACAUCAGCGAGCUGGUGGAGGAGCACGACCACGAGCUGACCACCCAGGAGCUGGUCGAACUGCAGGCAGAGGCUGCGCAGGAGCAGGCCUCGCUGGAAGAGGAGGAAGCAACUGAGGAACGGCUGUCCUCCAAAGAACUGAGGGACAUUUGCCUGAAGUGGAAGGAUGUGCAGGCUUUUGCACAGCGGCACCACCCUGACAAGCACGUGGCACAUGACCUUGUGAACACUUUUGAUACGAGGUCAUGUCGCCUUUCAGGGAGGUGCUGAAAAGGCGGAUGAAGCAGCAGACCAUGGACAGGUUCUUCAGCAAGAAGCAAAGAGUGGAAGAGGAACCUUCUUCGAGUUGUCCCCCAGAGUCUUAGAAAAUGUACUGUACACUUUGUUGAUUUUUAAAUGUUUUUCUGUCAUGUUUAGAAACUUAAUUUAUUGUUCCUUCAAUUUUUGAAAUGCUCUUUACAGUAUGUGUGACUUUAAAGAGCACUUAAUAAACUCUUGUUGUACCAAAUUUGGCUUUGUUUGGACUUUUUUUGACCAUAGGAACGCAUUAAUUGAAUUUCAAUGCAUUCCUAUGGGAUUUCGUGCUUCGCAAGACGAAAAAUUCGCUAGACGAAAAAACUCAGAGAACGAAUUAAUUUCGUCUUGCGAGGCACCACUGUGUGUGUGUAUAUAUAUAUAUAUAUAUAUAUAUAUAUAUAUAUAUAUGCUUAUUAAAAUAUCAAGAUGUUACAUUUUGGGCUGUAUUCAACAAAAUAGUUCCACUCGCUCAAUGACUUGAGCCUGUACGACAGAAGCUUCCCUCCCUCUCCUUUCGUUGUGUGGCACCCAAAUCUAGGGUUGCCUACCACCCUCCGGAUGGGCCCAGGAGAAGGAGCAUCUUUCUUAUGUGUUUCUUUUCAUUUUAGGACUGGGUUUUGCUAGCUUGUAUCAGGUAGCAGCUGUGAUGAUUGUCAAGUACUUCAAGAAACGCCUGGCUCUAGCCAAUGCAAUCGGCCGUUCAGGAAUGGGACUGAGUGUUAUACUCACACCAUUUGUUCAAGUCCUGAUAGAAACGUAUGGAUGGCAAGGUUGGUAGCUUUCACUUCCCACAUUUCACGGUAAUUACCACCUUAUGUGUAUCAGCUUUGAGAGUGGGACAGGGGAGUGCAACCCUGCUACUCUUAUUCAAUCUCUCAGUGGCUUUUUAUACUAUUGACCAUGGUAUCUUCCUGGUCAGGAAGGCACUUUGUUAGUAGAUUCAUUCCCACCUGCACAGUCAAGUCUAGAGAGUAGCACUGAGGGAGUGUGCUUUGCUCCUUAAAGGAACAAGUGCAUAGCUUUGGGGUACUCCUGUGUACGUCUUUGUCAUUCAAGGCCCAAAUCAUCUCCGUACCAGGAAAACCUUUUGCAAGUGGAAGAAGACUCCUUGGGGAGUCCUGGGAAGGAAGUAGAAAAGCCUCUGAUAUCUUGCCUUAAAGAAUGCCAAUUCUCCCAGCAUGACUGAAAAGUAACUUAUUUUAGACCCUCUGAAAGGCCCCAAAAGUUCCUUCAGAGGGGGUGCUAAUAAAAUUUAUUAACAUUUCUAUUUCCCUGUUAUUGCAGCAGAAUGUCACAUCUCAAUCUCUGUCUCAUCAUUUAGGUGCCCUACUGAUAUAUGGUGGUGUGAUGUUGAACCUUGUUCCUUCUAGCAUGCUACUACGACCGAUUAACAUGAUGAAAAAGAAAGUUGUAAGUAUUAAACACGAAGACAAACAAACACCUGUGCAUCUAAAAAAUGCAGAGACCACUGAAGACAGCCAAGAUAAAAUUGGCACCACAGAACCGAACAGAUCAGAUCCCCUCGAUCAUGAAUGCAUCAGUAUGAACAAUCUACAGCAUGUUGGACUACAAUUAGCCCCAGAAAACGACAAGUGUUCUGAAGUGCCAGAGAACGGGAGCCACAAAAACAAACAUCCCAAUCGGAAUGGUAAUCAAAACUGCUUUCCAACAAACAAGGAGGGAAAUUCCAAGCAUCAGCCUUUUUCAUGCAAGCAAUGCCAUGUUGAUUUUUCCCAGCUAAAAAACCCUUUCUUCUACAUUUUCACAUGGUCUUUUCUCUUCAGCCAGCUAGCCUACUUUAUCCCCACUUUCCACCUUGCAGCCAGAGCUAAAACACUGGGCAUUGAGCCAAUGGAUACUGCUUACAUCAUUUCAGUGGCUGGUAAGAAAAAAUCAACUUUUAAAGUGGCUUUCUUAAGAUCUCUGCAUGACAGCUUCACUAAUAAUUCACUUUGGGUGAAGAGAAACUAAUUCCUGUAGAAAAGAAAUGUAACACUGCUUAUGGCUCAACAUACAACUCUAUUAAAAACAACAACCCAAAGACCUGUUGUUUUUAAGUAUGAAAUCAAAAUAUUAGUUAUAAAAAGAUCUCAUAGCAAUACAAGAAAGGAUAAAAAAAAUUACAACACAACAGAAAUCAUCCUGGGGAAAAUUGAAUCUGAUUUUGGAUUAAUAAAUAGCUCCCUAGAAACAUUGACACUGGUGUGCUGCAGCCAUCAAGAGUGUAAAAGAGUGUUGUUAAUAGUAAAUACAAUACACUGAAUAAUGGAAUAUAUCUCAUCUCUUUGUCUCAAAUGUGUGUUUUAUAUGCCAACUGGUGUGUUUAAUCUGCCACCUCAUCUAUUUUUUAAAAUGUGUCUUAAUCAACUUCUAAGUAAAUUGUUCUGAACAGAAUCUGUUCCCCUCCCCAUUUGAUAUCUGUAUUAUGAAAUAAGAAACAAACUCCAGUAAUUAAAAAGACUUUAUUAAAUGAAGCCAUUGUCUCCCAUUGUAAGACAAUGAUACAUAAUAGGGAUCAGCAAGUAGAAGUUCCAAGCCCAAAGCCAGUCACCCACCCAAAAUACUCCCCUCCCCUCCAAUCUGAAAUUUGCCAACCAAAAGCCAAGAGUGGCAUAUGAAGGGAGUAACAUCUGUGGCAAAUGUACUUGUCAGCAAGCAAUUUUGAGAGGUAGGAGUUGGAGACUUGGGCCCUAACCCAGCAAUUGCAUGCAACUAAGUGACUGUUUUAAGAAAGCUAGUUACUGAGCAGGGAUACAAAAUAUGAGUCAUGCAGACUGAAGGUAAUGGCAAAUGGCCAUAAUUUCAAAUGUGCAAACUUUCUCUUAACAAAAAAACAAAACACAAAGAAACUGGCUGCAUAUGUACAUGUAACCUUCUACAUAAACAAGUUUGCUAGACUGCAGCCAGUAUACUUUGUUGUAAAAUGAAAGGAGGGGAAAAGACAGCCAGGGCUUUGAAAAUAUUUUUAGUAUUUGUUCAAAAAAUAUUUCACAAAUGGCAUAUAACAAUCUAGAAAUUCCUGAGACCCCCCCCCAUGGGUAGAUUACCAGGAUAUCACUGUUGGCGAUUAGUAGUGAUGAAAUACAAAAUUCUAAUGGAUGGCACUUACCUUUCAAUUAAGCAGAUCAACAAAUUAGUCCUGAACAAAAACAAAAACAAUCAAUGUGAGCCACUGAUGUUUUCAUAAGAAUACCAAGUAGUAAGCUAAAUUAGAAGUGGCAUAAAAAAGACAGAAAGUUUCCUGAGCUGUUUUUAUUUUAUUUUGGGAGGAUAUUUUAAAAUUGCACAAAUAAAUACAACCGAGCUAUCCUCAAUUUUAUUGACAAAUUAGAAAGAUUCUUCUGACAAUACUUAAUGCAUGUUCUUAAAUGUUCUUUAAAUCAAAAGCCUUUUUUUAAAAAAAGUAUUAGAUCUCUGCAAGGAAAUAUUAAAUGUUAAAGAAAUAAAAGGUAGUAAAAUAACAUUCUUUUUUUUUCAUGUAAACUGCCACCAACCUCUGGGCUUGAAAUUUUGAAUUUUCACAUGUAUUUUACAGAAAUAAAAGAAGGGUACAAACUCUUUCCUUUCUGACCUUUUAUCUGUGUUUUUCAAAGCUUCUACUACAUAAAUUCUGUUUGAAAAUUCAUUAUUUUUCUGCUUCCCUUUAGGUAUAACAGAGACAGUCAGCCUCUUGCUCUCUGGUUGGAUUGCAGAUCAGAACUGGAUCAAGAAGUAUCAUUACCACAAGAUGUACCUCAUUUUUUGUGGUGUCACUAACCUGCUGUGUCCUCUUGCCACAACCUUCCCAUUACUUAUGAUCUAUUCUGCAGUCUUUGCCAUUUUCAGUGGUGGAUACCUGGCUCUGAUACUUCCUGUACUGGUAAGCAGAAGAAAGCAAUUAAUCAUCAAAAGGCUAAUAGCAAAGCGAUCCAGAAUUUUUAUAAAGCACAGACCAUCCAAAACUUUCACCUACUUCAGUACACAGAGGAUAAACCAGAAAAUUAAAAAUGCUCUGAACAUGAUAUACCUGAGGCUCCAUUUAUACAUAGGAACAUGA